UGCUGACGAAAUGCCCAUCUCUAUAAAUUCUUAACUCAGCCCUCAGAGUUUUCAAUAGUUAAGAGACAUUGAUCCACACCACACUGGGGGCAGCGAUUGCUAAAUCAUUGUAAAAUUUGGACUCCGAAACGGAAAACUCCACUCAUCAAUCAUGUCAUCUGAUACUGCUGUAGUUCCAUACAACCAUCAAAUGGACAGCCCAGAUUUCAUUAGAGACCUGCUGCCUGCUGCAGAGAAGACAGCCCUGCUGUACAACAUCUCCUACCUGUGCCUGGCCAAAUUCCCCUCUCUGGAGAGAAUCAUCAGAGCCAAUGCUGUUGAGGCCCAAAUGCUGUUCUCCUCCUCUGAGGCUCUGCUGCUGCUGUGUGUUAGCACCAGUGACAACAUGGUCAAGACUUUAUUCCCAAUGCUGAAGGCUGCUGUGGAGAAAGAUAAUCCAGUAGUUGCCUUCAAAUUCCUGUUGAAGGCCAGUCAGUGGAUCCAUGAUAUCAUCAAAGAAGUUGAAAACAUAGUAGAUGACUACAAGAAACUCAACAAUGGGGUGGCGACCGCCACCAGCGAUGUUAUUUCCACCAAAGCCAAAACAGAGGACAAGAAGAAACAGCUGACCAAUGAAGAGGAGAUCCUGCAUAAUAGUGUAAAGGACUACAAUCAGAAGCUAAGGGGGGUCCAGUCAGAUCUGGAUGAGGUCAACACAAAAAUCAACGAUGUUGAUACAGAGUUGCGCGAUUUGGUUGAGAGCAUUGCCAGUAGAAACAAGAUGUUUCGCAUAGCGGCUUCCGUGGUUCCCUUCCUAGGAAUCAUCAUCGAUGUUAUGCAGAGGGCAAUCAAUGACCCUGUAGAUAGUGCGGCCAUUGAGUUGACCAAGAACAAGAUAAAUCAGCUUCAGCAGGACAAAACCCGUUUGAGUAAGAAAGAGUGGGAGGCCCAAACGGAGCUGAUGAAGUUGCAGAUGAAGAUGAACAAAACCACAUUUGACCUGGGUUCUGUUCCUGAUCCUGUCCAUCUGGCUGAGGUUCAGGCCUGCCUGACCCGGAUCCAGAAAAUUCUACUGCAACUCAAAAGCUUCUGGGAGAAGAUCGGAGUGAUGGUGACCAAUCUGCAGCAGAAGACCUUUGCUGGGGAAGACCUGAUUAAUGUUCUCUCAGAUUUUAAGGAGGAGUUCUUGGAUUCCUUGCAAGCAGCUGAAGAGGCUUGGAACACGUUCAGAGGGAGAUGCCAGAACGUCAUGUGCAUGUUUAGUGUCCAGUCCAAGGAUGCCUACAAGUUCCUGGAGACCAGCCCAUCAUCUCUCACCCAGGAAGAGUGGCAGGAAAUGUAUGAUGCUGUGACAGCCAAACUGUAUUCCUUCUACCAUGCCCUCGAGGCCAAGCAGGUCAUUGAGGACCAGCAGGCCAUUGAGGCCAAGCAGGCCAUUGAGGCCAAGCAGGCCAUUGAGGCCCAGCAGGCCAUUGAGGCCCAGCAGGCCAUUGAGGCCCAGCAGGCCAUUGAGGCCCAGCAGGCCAUUGAGGCCCAAGCAGGCCAUUGAGAACCAAGCAGGCCAUUGAGAACCAAGCAGGCCAUUGAGGCCAAGCAGGCCAUUGAGGCCAAGCAGGCCAUUGAGGCCAAGCAGGCCAUUGAGGCCAAGCAGGCCAUUGAGGACCAGCAGGUUGCAGAGAGUAAUUAAUGUUUGCAUCCACUGUCACCAGGUUAACAUUAAAGGAGUUUUUUUUGUUGUCUUAUAUUGACAUUGGUGACAAGUAGGAUUUGUGGGCAUAAUUAGUAGUUCACAUGCUGUUAUGAGUAACUUUCCAUUACUUGUUGAUCAUUGUUGAUUAUUGUGUUGCGCUUUUAUUAGAGCUCAUCAUCUACUAUGCUAACAGUAUAAUACCAAACUGGCUAUUGUUCACUUUUCUUCUUGGAGUAUACUAUUGGGUAGCAAGCAGGUUUUAAGGCUUCUGGUCUGUUCAAAGACUUCAAUAGUUUAACUUUGUGCAGAGCUUUUGGGAAUAUGAACUGAUCUAUAUACAUAUGUAUCCGCUAUAGUAUUCAUAAGUAAUCAUGUAUAAUCACAAUGUGUGUUUUUGGUAUAUCAGUAUUUCAGUAUACUAUCGUGUAUAAUUAGUUUAGAGCCAUAGAGGAGGAGUUUAGAGCCAUAGAGGAGGGUCUUAAUGGCUAUAAGUACUUGUACUUUCUUCUGUUCUCUGCUGCUUAUCUCCUGAAAUCUCUUAUGAAAACUAAACUAAAUAAUAAUCAAAAUCUAAUUAGACUAAAAUGUUCUUUAAUGCAUGUUUAUUAUGAAAUAAAUCUGAGUAAGAGCAA